AUGCCUCCACCAUACACCGCCUUUACCACGCACAGCCUCUACCACAUGCCACCUCCACCUCACACCAGUUCCGCCAUUCUCAGAUUUAAUUACUCAUCACCUCCUAUACACACAGCCUCCAACACACUCCAGCGCACACCAGCUCUACGGCACACAGCCUUCACCACACACCACCUCCAGCACACACAACCUCCACCACAUUCUGCCACACACUACCUACACCUACACAGCCUCCACCAUGCACACAGCUUCCACGCACACCACCUCCACCACAAACCUGUUCCACCAGACACAGCCUGCAUCACUCACCACCGCCACCACAAACCUGCUUCACCAGACACAGUCUUCAUCACUCACCACCGCCACCACAAACCUGCUUCACAAGACACAGCCUUCAUCACUCACCACCGCCACCACAAACCUGCUUCACCAGACACAUCCUUCAUCACUCACCACCGCCACCACAAACCUGUUCCACCAGACACAGCCUUCAUCACUCACCACCGCCACCACAAACCUGCUCCACCAGACACAGCCUUCAUCACUCACCACCGCCACCACAAACCUUCUUCACCAGAAACAGCCUUCAUCACUCACCACCUCCAACACACACAUCCUCCCACACAUUCCGCUACACAUCUCCUAAACCACACACAGCCUCCACUACACACACAUCUUCGAGCGUUGGGAGCCCGCAAAAGAUUCAUAGAUUCCAUCAAUAAUAUAAUUUUUAUGUGA